AUGUUGAAAUAUGCUGGUCAUGUCUUUACAGAGAUAGUACCUGGCUUUCUUUAUUUAUCAUCUUCGUUGCCCGUAGCAGACAAAGACUUUCUUCUUUCGUAUCAUAUUCGGAGGAUAGUUAAUGUGUCGAAAACCAUAGCUAAUGCGUACCCAGACAUUUUCGAGUAUCUUACCAUUCAAAUUGAAGACGACAAAACAGAGGACAUAACACGCUAUUUUGAGACUUGCUUUUACUUUCAUCGACAAAGGCCUUUUGCAACAUUAGUGCAUUGUGAGUGUGGGAUCUCACGCAGUCCCUCCUUUGUAAUUGGCUACUUAGUCGCACAUGCUCAAAUGUCUCUCAAAGAAGCUUGCACAUUGGUUCUUUCAAAGAAAAAAAAUGUGAGUCCAAACAGUGGCUUCUUUCUUCAACUCAUUGACCUUGAGGAAAGUAUCACUCACAAGAAGACCACAUAUCCUCUUUACGAUUUUUUGGCAGAUCAAGUCACAAAGUCACUUUGCUUUAUGUAUGACAGAGACAUUGUUUAUAAUGCAGUCGUCGACUCUACUGGCAAUAUAAAGGCUGCAGUUGAUUUUCUAUUGGGCUGUAAUUUCAAUUAA